AUGGGAGAAAUUCCUCUCCGAUCGACCACCCGAGCCACUUUCCUUCCUGUGCUAGUGUUUUUCCCUAAUGGAAGUCGAUUGCCUACACCGGCUUCUGCGAACAGUCUUUCUCUAGACCGGUUCAGGGAUUUGUAUGACGAUAUUAUCAUACCGGCGGCCUACGAAACGCUACCGGACCAUGUCAAGCAGGAGAUUCCUAGCUCAUAUGACCUUAUUUACGCAAAGUCUCGUGCCUACCAGGAGAAGCCGGGAGCUGGUCGCUGGACUGCUGAUGACGAGAGCCGGACCUUUCGCCUGGCCUAUAGUGUCCCUGCCGAAUUUCUUUCACAAUUCUGGGCGUCAGUUGUGCAGAAGGCAAAUUCCCAUCGAAUGCAAACGCUUCGAGGAAAGACGAUCGCUUAUUAUCAGAAUCCCUGCCUACUUUUUCAGGCCCACAAUCUGAAAAACGUAUUUGCACAACCGAACCUUCACGAGAGCUUGGUUUUUGUUUCGAGAUGCUAUCCUGGCUGGCCUCGACCCGGAACACCUUGA